CCUUGGAUUUCAUUUUUUGGGAUAAUUAAAUUCCAUAAAAGCAAUAUGCACUUUUAACCAUGUCUAUUUUCAUUGGGAUAUAUUUUAAGUUUGUUUUCCUGUCACCAUAUUUAGCUUUGAAAAACAACGAAGACAAAGAACGUAUACUGUGGCAAUUCUACCUCAAUAGUGUCGUGGUUGCUUAUUUACUAGGGAUAAUAUUUGCGUUUACAGUUAAUUUGAGCCACUAAACACAACGUUAAGAUUUCAAAGAGGUGCGCUUUCCUUGUACACUACGAGUAGAAUCUGCAAUGUGACAAUCUGAUUUGUCAAUUUUUAGAAUAAUGCAGUCACCACUGCAUACAGAAUAUUGCAUCCGAAACUCUAGAAAAAGACAGGAAAAACACAAAAGAUUUUAGUAAUGAAUGGAUAUUCCUUAUGACCAGUGCGGGUGGUGGAGGAUACUGGACUGUCCACUCCACUUAUGUAGCAACGUUAAAGACUCAGUGGAAUUUAGUCAUCAGGAAAGUGUGUCUAUGCCAAACAUUAGUACACUAAAACCUAUAUACAAUAUUCCUGGCCGCCCUCUUUGCAUAUCAAAAGCAAGCGCUCUGCCUAGAAACGUUCGGUUGGCUGAAAGAUCCCCGUUGGUGACAGGACGAGGAAAAGGUAAUUUUUCCUUAUGAAAAUAUGAACCAAGAUUGAAACGCAUCCAUGGUGCUUCCUGGUCAGGUCUCCCGAAAGCAAGCGACCGAAGCGUCCACGCCGACAGACCCCUUGGUCAUAGGGAGGGACAGCGCACGGAAAGGACAGUUCACAUUCAGCAUGAGCCAAAGCAUUUCCCCCACCCUCUCUGUCAAGUCUUCGGGACAGGGUCCACACAACUACGACAAAUACGCCCGUCAGGCUUGCCAGAAACGGCCUACGGCUGACGUGGAACAAUUCUUAUGUUUUGUUAGAGACUGUCAAAGUUUACCGGCACGGGAGAAGACAGACUUAGCGCUAAAAAAGAAGCCGCUUCUUCCGGGAAUUGGAGAAACGAAUCCAGAGGCAAAUCAUCCCAGUUCUCAUGCAAUUUUUCCUACAAACAAUGAUGACAUUGACGAGGAGAUGGAAUUAUACUUAAACAAUAAUGUGCGUAAAAGAACACCUAGUCCGUUACUGGGGAACGUCAGUCCGCGAUCAACACAGACAUUGGAGCCAAUUUCGCCUAAUAGACUCUCAAGAUCACGAUCUCUAAAGGAUAAAAACAAUCUUAACGGAAAUAGUAAGAAAGGGCUGACUAGGACAAGAUCCGAUCCCGUUCGACGAGCAACAGCCCUCACACACCAUCUACCGCCGCUGGAACAUCAGAAUGUUCCCGAUAGGCCCUCAGCACCUCCGCCAAGUGUCACUCCUCCAUGUCCUACGGACUCUGAUGAAGAUGACGGUGACUCGGCUGGUGAUUGUUGUGAAUCCCCAGUGGAUUUCAUAGACCCACAGUAACAAAAGAGGUCGAAUUAUCUAAGUGUAUUUUUACAUUGUAUGUCAAGUAAUUAUUUUGGUUCAACAAUGUAGCAAAUAUGAGUCGUUUAGUUGUGUUUUUUCUCUAUAAUUUUGGUAUUAAUAUAUCAGUAUAUGUGCUAAACUUUAAAUUUAAGAAACUGUGUACAGUAUUUGUUAUUUAAGGAAUGGGUUAAGUUAAAUUGCAUAGCAAAUUUUAUAGAUAAACGAUAAAAUGUGACUUUUAUAUGUUGUUAUAGUGUAUAUGUCAGUCUUAUUUCUAGCCUGUCCAAUUUUGAGACUCAGUCGAAAAUUUUGUCAUAUAAAUAAGUAGAGGAGGUCUCCUAAUUGAUCCUCUCAGUUUGGCAAAACGACUUACAACGAUGCACAAGGAUGAUUAAAGACCGUUAAUUGCUUAUUUCUAUUUGGUAAUUAAUUGAAUUAACUUAUAUUGUUGGUGUGCAAGAAUUAUGAAACGUCACACAAGAUGUACGUGAUUUACCACAUUCUUCCACAUCAUCUGUCUCCAAUAAUUUGUAGUCGUGGUUGGUUGGAGGAUCGACUGUAAAAACACCACUUUGGCUACAGUCUAUUGAAUAAUCAACACUUACCCCCCACCCCACCAUGGGGCAAUUGGGUUCGUUGGUGAUUUGCGAUACUGACACACAGUGUAAAAAGUUGUCUUUUAGAUGUGUAUGGGGUAUUUAUGGGAUACUGUUAAAAGGGUAGUCAGUUUUAAUGGCAACAUGAUAUAUUAUAUGAAAUAGUGAUGACACCCUUAAGGCAAAAAAAUCAAAGACACUAUUGUUGCAAUGACUUUGGGUCACAUCACUGAUAUGCCACUUUUAUUUGUAGCAUGUGUGGUAACAAUUCUGGCAAAUAAUCAAAAGAUUUUAAGGUUACAACCACCCCGAGAGAAAGUAGCUUUAGGAAGUAUAAUGACUUGAAAGAUCUAUAGACAUGAAAAUAUACAACAGAAGUCUUGAAUCACUAAAAUACGGAAGGUCAUGUUCUAGAAUGUGGAGAAGUCAAGCUGCCAGCAUUGGAUUUUCAAAAAAUUGAAUUAAUCUGAUAGAUUAAUGAUGGACGAUUGAAACACGUUAAACAAUUUCUACAAUAGAAAUCAUAAUAGUCCAGAGACCAGUUUUACCUCCAGGCAUAUGACUUCAUUGACCAAGCUUUCAUGCCCUGCCCAGGCACUAUUUUAAUAUCAUUAAAAAUUCAUACUUGUUCGGUAUACGAUAAUGAUUUUAUACCGCUAAUUCAAAAUGGUGCUAAAUACUGCAAUUAGUACAUGUGCUAUACUUUUAUUUGUCUUCAAAAUAAUCCAAUUAAUUAUUCAUAGCAAUUAAAUAUCACGUUUUUAAGUCAUGUGUGAG